GCCAGCAGGAGGAGACGUGGCGGAAGAGUUCGUUACAGGAAAGAAACGCUAAAACUUACUUGUGUGGCGGAGAGCCGAGCACAUCACCCCGGAAAACGUUACUGACAGAUUAGAUCUGCAUAGUCCUGCGUAAAUAUAUGCCGUUAAUAAUCCGAGUCGGAAUUCUUUUCUGAGUAUGCCAUAGCGAGUGAUCUUUACCGCCAUGGCCUGUUUAAGACUAGUCGCCGAACUGUCCGGUGUGCACCGCUGGGCUCACCCGAUCCGGGCCGUUUUCCAAACAAGCGCGCGUGUGCAUCUGAAGGCUCAACUUGCCCAGCUCCAGUGGCGGUGUCAUCCAGUCACCUGCUGUAGCACUUUAUCGCCAUCUAAUGACACUUCGGUGCAGUACAGACAUGGGCGCCCGGUGCUGGCGCUCACUCUGCCCUCCAGACAUGAGACCUGCCUAUUUUUUCUGCGGCCCAUGCUCACAACCGUCAACGACCUCCUUCAGGACAUCCACAGAGAGGACCCGGGCGUCACAUCUGCCUCCGUACUUACCCCAGACGGUGUGAAGGUUGCAUCCACCACUCCCAUGGACAGAGUCCUCAGCACAAACUUCCAGCUGUGCAUCAAUGGAGUCACCUACAAAAUCCACUCAGCACUAGCAGAAGCAGUGUCUAGCGAGCGCAUGCUGUGCACGGAGGACACCAUGAACAUGGUGCACAGGCUGCAUGCAGCGCUGUACCUGCAUGAGCACCACCUGAGGCAGGAACAGGACCUGCUGAGGCAGUUGGAUGUCCUGAAACAGGAACUCUCUCCCCUGGAGCAGAUGAAGGCCCAGUUGGAUGCCAGGGCUGAGCGCAGCUCUUCACAGGCACUCUGGGUGGGCUUGGCUCUGCUCUCUGUGCAGGGUGGGGCUCUGGCUUGGCUCACCUGGUGGGUCUAUUCAUGGGAUGUCAUGGAGCCGGUCACCUAUUUCAUCACCUACUCCACCAGCAUCGGUGUCUUCGCCUACUACGUUCUCACCAAACAGGAUUAUGUAUACCCAGUUGCCAAGGACAGGCAGUUCCUGCAUUACUUCUACAGGAAAGCCAGAAGAGAGAAGUUCAACGUGCAGCAGUACAACAAGCUCAAGGAUGAGCUGGCGUCUGUAGAGGAUAAUUUAAGACGUUUACGAAACCCAAAUCAGCUGGGACUGCCGGUAGACCAGAUUCAUCCCAGGGACUGAAGAGUGCUGCUACACAAACAUGCCUCACUGUGCUGAACGCUACAGUUUGAUACUGCUCUUAUUUAUAGUAUUGUGCAAAAAUAUCAUCUCAUGAACUUCAAGACAAACACAUCUGUAGCCAUAAUGCUCGUUAUUAGGAAUGAUGAAGAGUUGAAAUAAAGCACUAAUGUCACAUGCCUCA